AUGUUUUGGCGCGUCUUCGCGGGUGGCAUCCUUGGCGGUGCGCUCUCUGCGUGCCGCUCUUGUACAACGACGCUUGCGGCAUCGGCGCCGACGCUGGAUAUCAUCCUAGACCCAAGCAAGGAUGUGGUGCCUGUGCGCUGCGUCAUUGUGGGUGGCGGCUAUGCUGGGGCGAAGCUCGCGUACAUGUUCGACAGCAUGUUUGAUGUCACCCUAAUCGACGAAAAGAACUACUACGAGCUCACCAACGACAUCAUCCCCAUUCUGGCGAACCCGUGGUGCGAGCUCAACGAGGAGGCGUGUCGUCGCCUCCUCAUCCUGCACCGCUACUACCUGAAGCGGGCGAACGUGGUGACCGGCACUGUGGACGGCGUGGACGACGAGGCGGUGACCUUGCGUGACGGCCGCCGCGUGCCGUACAACCUUCUCUUCGUUGCGCCGGGCGAACGCAAACCAUUUCCGUUUGCCACGAAGCAGCGCACUAUCGCCGGCCGCGUGCAGGAGCUGCGGCACUUUAAUGAAUUCCUCGGCACAUGCAAAAAGGUGGCGGUACUUGGCGGGGGGCCGGUUGGCACCUCACUUGCUUUCGACCUGGCGUGCAACCGGCCCGACCUGCAGGUGCACUUGUACCACUCCAAGUCGGAGCUCAUCCCCGCACUGCCAACGACAAGCCGCAAGUACGCCCUUGACACCUUGCAGCGGCAGAAGAAUCUGAGCUUGCACCUCUGUACGUCUGUGACGGACGUGGACGCGUAUGACGCAAACGGACAGCGCAUUGACACACAUCCCUCAUCGCCUUCGCUCUUCUCACGACUGCUCCUGGCGCCAUUCAGCAAACCGCCACUAGAGCCGUCGCAUUUCACGGUGCGUUACGACAAGAUGCACUUUUUGCCCGCACCGCAGCAGUCGAUUGUGAGCCAGGUUUACUUUGGUCGGCGCGAGCCACAGCUUAGUGGCGAUGCGGUGGAGUUCUCGGGUGUGGAGGAGGGGUUCGACUAUGUCUUCUCAACCAUCGGCGACACACCACGUCCGAUUCAGACAGGGAAGGGGCGCAGCAACAGCCUCACUGAGCACGAGGCGCCGGAUGGCCACUACCGCGUCAGCACGCUGAUGCAACUGUACGGGCACCCGAACAUAUGGGCCCCAGGGCGCUGCGGCAACCUCCCAUGGGUGCGGAGCUACGGAUCAAGUGAUGUGCAGGUGCGCACUAUCUUCCGCGGACUCAACUCCGUGAUACAUAACCCUACUGAGCGCUUUCUGCAUUCACGUGACGGCGUGAAUCCGCAGCGCAUGGCUAUCCCGCGGUUGCUGGUGCGUUUAGGAAAUAACGACGCGGUCGGUGCAACACCGUGGUCGGGUGGCAUGGUGGGUCUCUCCGCAUUCCACGAGUUCAUGCAGGACCGCAACCACCUCGUGAAGGAGUUUCAGCAGCCCAUCUUUUACAAACAGCAGGACCCCUCCAAGGUGAAGCAGCGCAUCUCCAACUGGGCAGCGCAUGAGCUUACGGACAUUGUUGACUUCUCCCAUUGUUAG